AACAUUGAUUUGGAUUCAGGCGUCUGAGAAACAAUCUAAAAUGAUGAUGGGGGCUCUCUUUUUCUUCUUCCUUAUCCCUUGUGUUGAAGCAGAGCUAUGCUACAAUGGUGGAACAUUUGAUGGGGUCAAAUGCAUCUGUGAUGAAGAUUUAUUCCACGGGCCCCGUUGUGAGUUCCUUGUUCAUGAAAUUCCAAAGUUAUGCCACAGUGGCAGAAUAUUUGAUGGGAUCAAGUGCAUCUGUAAUGAUGAUUUAUUCUAAGGGCCCAAGUGGGACUUCUCUGUUCUAGAGAUAUGCCUCAAUGGUGGAAUCUAUGAUGGAAUCAAAUGCAUUUGUAAUGAAGAUUUAUUCUAUGGGCCCAAGUGUGAGUUCCUUGUGGAUGUAAUUCCAGUCAGUGAAUUAUUUGUGACAAUUACUGUCAAAGCUCAGGUGAAAGUUACUAACAGAGAGUACAAGAAAUCUCUGGAAGAUUUAAGCUCUAAAUAUUCUCAGGAAAUUCAGGCUCAGUUUAAAAAGCAGAUGAAAGAUGUUUAUAGUGCUGUCCCUGGAUACUGUGAAGUGGAGAUCUUACGAAUGAGGAAUGGCAGUAUUAUUGUCGAACAUAAAGUCAUCUCCCAAGUAAUAAUAUACAACAAUGAGGAAAUGAUCCAGCAUGUAAUGGAAGUUAUUACAGAGGCAGUGAAACACUCCUUGAAAGACAUACCUACUGAAGGAGAGUGUAUUGAGCCUUCAGGACCAGAACUGUGCUUUGUUCCUUUACCUAACUCGAUUCUUAUUUCAAGUUUUUCAUUUAAUGACACCUGCAAAAAUAUUAUUGAUCCAAAAUAUGCAGAUUACUAUUAUCCCCACAUAAUUGAGGGUACUGUGCACUGUAUCUCAAGAUGUUUCAAAGGCGCUCAAGAUUACAUGAACUGCUUCAAUGGUGUUUGCCAUCUCUCUGAAAUUGGCCCCCACUGCAUUUGCAAUAAUUUGGACAUGUUCUGGUAUCUGGGAAGUUACUGCCAAUUACCCAUCCAAAAGAGUGUGCUGGGCCUUAGUCUUGCCCUGGUUGUGUUCUUUGUGAUAACUAUCAUCCUUGUUAUUUGCCUCAUCAAAGCAAAGCGGAAAAAAAACAGGUAA